UUUUUCGACAUCCGAGCCCCAUGAAGUAUCUUAUCCUUGCGAAAAAGGAGCCAUUCAUUGUGGAAGUCGCCUUUCAACAAAUAUUUUUUUGAAUCACGUUCCGAAAUUGAGCCGGCAUAAACAACGAGCGCAAUGACUAUCUCUCGAAGUGCUCGAAAAAAUUUCUACGUCGUGUGGCAUCGAGGACGUUUGGAUCAAAAAAUACUGUUCUUCCUUCAUCCUUUUCUACAGGAUCUGCUGUUUGUAUGGGUAGAUAUCUGGAGCAAUGAUUGGUCGACAAGUCUCCCGGCAAUAGUUAAAGUAUUAUCGAGUGUGAUCAUUACCGGGGUGAUGCUACUGCCGGUAUUUUUUGGGAUUGUCGCUUCACUCGCCUUUCUUGGAUUCUGGUCAUACCAAAUCGAAAGUUUAUACCCUGGAAUAGUACCGGUACAGCUUCUGAUACACCGCUGUUUGGGUGUUUUAUUUCAGAGUCAAAUAUACUCGGAUGCAUUUAUCGAACGUUGGAACUUAUUGGUUUACCGCUCUCUGCUCGUAACUAUCGGAACGAUUGAUUACUUGAGAAUGCUGAUGGAACUUGUUUGA